AUGAAACCAAUCAGAAUUACAGUUCCUUCCACCGUUGCAUUGAGCUUCGCCGUUUCGUCUUCUUCUCAAAGACUCAGCUGCUAUCUGCGCCUCCAAUCGAUCGAAUCCGAGCCUCAUCUCACCGCCGACAAGAUGCCCGCACAGAAGAUCGAAACCGGCCACAAUGACAUCAUCCAUGACGUGUCCAUGGACUACUACGGGAAGCGCGUGGCUACCGCCUCGUCCGACUCCACCAUAAAGAUCAUUGGACUCGGCCACAACUCCACUUCCCAGCACCUAGCAACCCUAACGGGCCAUCGUGGGCCCGUUUGGCAGGUGGCGUGGGCCCACCCCAAGUUCGGGUCGGCCCUCGCCUCAUGCUCGUACGACGGCCGAGUCAUCAUCUGGAAGGAAGUCUCCCAAAACGAGUGGACUCAGUCCCACUCGUUCGACGACCACAAGUCCUCGGUCAACUCCAUCGCGUGGGCCCCACACGAGCUCGGCCUCUGCCUCGCCUGUGCCUCGUCAGACGGCAGCAUCUCAGUCCACACGGCCCGGCCCGACGGCGGCGGAUGGGACACCACCCGGAUCGAGCGGGCCCACCCAGUCGGGGUGACCUCCGUCACGUGGGCCCCGGCGCUGGCCCUUGUUGGGCCCGACGGGUCGGAGCCCGUCCAGAAGCUGGCAUCGGGCGGGUGUGAUAAUACGGUUCGGAUUUGGAAGCUGGACAAUGGGAACUGGAAGAUGGACUGCUUCCCGGCCUUACAAAUGCACUCGGAUUGGGUUCGGGAUGUGUCGUGGGCCCCAAAUUUGGGCCUCCCAAAAUCGACGAUUGCUAGUGGUUCUCAGGAUGGGACGGUUGUGAUAUGGACUGUGGGGAAGGAGGGAGAGCAGUGGGAAGGAAAGGUCUUGAAGGACUUCAAGGCUCCCGUUUGGAGGGUUUCUUGGUCGUUGACUGGGAAUUUGCUGGCCGUGGCCUCUGAUGGUGACAAGAAUGCCUCUGGUGGUGACAAGAAUGUUACUCUGUGGAAGGAGGCUGUUGAUGGAGAGUGGCAAGAGCAGAAGAGCAAAAACGAAGAGGAAAAUAUCCAUGCAAUUGCUUCUCUCCCUGUAUUUUACUUACAUACUGCUGCAUUGUGA